AUGGGUCCCAGCGCGUGGGAAUUUGCUCCCUACCGAGGAAGCGUGGUUGACUGGUUGUCGUAUCUACUCCGUAUUUUCGGUUUCGGAACGUCGUCACUCUGUGGGAUGGAAUAUUUUUUUAGACCAGCUACUAUUUACGACUUUGCGGUGAUCAUCGAUCAUACGAUGGGCAAGAAAGUGGUAUCGACCACUGUGACCAAGACAACAGCCGAAGCACAAGAACCGCAAUUAAGCAUUCAGGGUCUUUUAAUUGCGGUGGGCAAUCAACCCCGGCUCGGCGUGUCAGCUAAAGUGAUGAAUAGCUGGAAGGCGUCCAAUUCCCGGCCGGCUCUUGGCACCCACCCGGCACCACGACAAAUGGCAGUCUACGCUUUCUCACAGCAGUCAGAUUAA